UUCAAUGUUCUGUGGGGGCAUAGUUCAGGACAUGUCACCUACCCCAUAGAUAAGAUUCUUGAAUAAUGUCUGCUACAAACUAGAAGGAUGCUAGUCUCCGCUGAACUGUGCAAAGAACAAACCACCGCAGGCUUUUCCAGAACCAGUCUUGUUCACAGUUGUUAAAAGGUUACAAUCAACAUGGUACAUGCUGAGGCCUUUUCUCGUCCCUUGAGUCGGAAUGAAGUUGUUGGUUUAAUUUUCCGUUUGACAAUAUUUGGUGCAGUAACAUACUUCACAAUCAAAUGGAUGGUAGAUGCAAUUGAUCCAACCCGAAAACAAAAAGUAGAAGCUCAGAAACAGGCAGAAAAACUAAUGAAGCAGAUUGGUGUGAAAAAUGUGAAGCUUUCAGAAUAUGAAAUGAGUAUUGCUGCUCAUCUAGUAGACCCUCUUAACAUGCACGUUACUUGGAGUGAUAUAGCAGGUUUGGAUGAUGUCAUUACAGAUCUGAAAGACACAGUUAUCUUACCUAUUAAAAAGAAACACUUGUUUGAAAAUUCCAGGCUUCUGCAGCCUCCAAAAGGUGUUCUUCUCUAUGGACCUCCAGGCUGUGGUAAAACCUUGAUUGCCAAGGCUACAGCCAAAGAAGCAGGUUGUCGAUUUAUUAACCUUCAGCCGUCCACACUGACUGAUAAGUGGUAUGGAGAAUCUCAAAAGUUGGCUGCUGCGGUUUUCUCCCUUGCCAUAAAGCUGCAGCCUUCCAUCAUCUUUAUAGAUGAAAUAGACUCCUUUCUACGAAACCGUUCAAGUUCUGACCAUGAAGCUACAGCUAUGAUGAAAGCUCAGUUUAUGAGUCUCUGGGAUGGACUGGAUACUGAUCACAGCUGCCAGGUUAUAGUAAUGGGAGCUACUAAUCGUCCUCAGGAUCUUGACUCAGCUAUCAUGAGAAGAAUGCCUACGAGAUUUCAUAUCAACCAGCCGGCUCUAAAACAAAGAGAAGCAAUCCUGAAACUCAUCUUGAAAAAUGAAAAUGUGGAUAGGCAUGUGGACCUUUUGGAGGUUGCCCAGGAAACUGAUGGGUUUUCAGGAAGUGACCUAAAAGAGAUGUGUCGGGAUGCUGCCCUCCUCUGUGUUCGGGAAUAUGUUAAUUCUGCAUCAGAAGAAAGCCGUGAUGAAGAUGAAAUUCGGCCUGUGCAACAACAGGACCUGCACCGGGCGAUUGAAAAGAUGAAGAAAUCAAAGGAUGCAGCAUUUCAGAAUGUUUUAACACAUGUCUGUUUAGAUUAAGAGUAAAGAUCAUUUGUACAGUUCAAUGUGACCUAGUUUGAUGUACCCUUUCAUCAGUAGUGGAAAAAGAAUGGAGGAGUGUUCUUUAACAGUGAGGGAGUUAAAUGUUUAUGACACUGGUUUUAUACUCUGAAUUCUAAGUUAUUGAGAUAUAGUUGUUAUAUAAACUGUAUUACUACUUGUCAGAAAUCAUGAGGAGGAACAGUUUCAUCUAGCCUGAGUGUGGGUACUUGUGUUUGACCUCUUUAGCCAUAUAUUGUAACCUUAUAGCAUCUGAGCUGGUCUUAAAAGUAACAAGUGAUUCAUGGAGUCAUUAGUGAGAAACCGGGAUGUGGCUAAGUGCUGGUUUCUAGAUAUGUGAGAGAGAGAGAGAGAGAAUGUGUGUGUGUGUGUGUGUGUGUGGUGUGUAUUAAGUGUAUAUAUUCACACAUUUUAUAUUGACAUUCUGUAGAUAUGUUUGAAUACAGAAACUUUUUUUUAUCCUAACUACUGAAUCAAAAAGUACCAAAUAGUCUCUAUAGCUAGUUAAGAUUUAAGGUUGUGUCUGAAAGGUACAGUGAUUCAGUCAUUUCCAAUUGUCAUUUAUUUCAGCUUUUUUUUUUUAAGUUGAGCAUCUGCAGUUAAAUAGUUGAAGUCAGAUACAUCUGAAUAUUUACAUACGGCUCAGUUAUGCUUAUCAGGAUAAUGAGACAAAAAUACUUGUUCAGUGGUCAGCGGUGAAUGGUUCUUCAGGCAGUUGUGAGAUCAACUUUGAUGUCACCUCUUUAUGCAAGCAUACAGAGUGGAAACAUUUUAUACAGUUGCUGUUGUAAAGGUGGAUUGAAAGCCUCUCACAAGAAUGGUUUUGCAAAACCCCAGUGCCAUUUAAUACAUGUGACUUUCCUUUCUUCACUUACUAUAACUAGUUCUGUUGUAACCAUUGUUUUGUAAUGUUAUUUCAAAGUUAGGUGUUCUUUAGAUAGGGUCAAAUGUAAUAUGAUCAGCAGACAUGAAAUAAUAGUUUAAAACAAGUGGCUUUUUCUCUGUGUGCUAACAAUACUCAUUUUGUAACUUUAAUUUUUAAGCUUUUUUUUUUUUUAAAGCAUAUUAUAAAUUGUGCCCUGGUUAGUACAAAUAAUACACACCAAAACUCCCAUAUUAUGAUCUGUAGUAGACAUUUUUUUCUAUGUGCACUAUGUGAGGAUUUUUUUUUUUUGUCCAAAAUUUUACUAAUCAGAAUGUUCUUAUAAGCACUUAAAUACCCAGCAUGAGGAAUAUGACAGUGUGAUGUUGAGAUACCAUCUGAAUCAUCAGAAAGAUUAUGUUUCAUGUUUCUAUUUUUUGUAUUGCUUUGAAAACUCAAUUUAUUUGUGAAUCAUUUGAUUGAUUUCUUUCAUAUGUCUCUCACUAAAAUACUGGCUAUUUUAUCUUUGAGUUGUGUUGACUGGUAGGUGGGGUAGAGGUUGCAGAACACUCUGGUUAACAAAAAGCAAGCUUUGAAAAAUUGUGAAAAUGAUUGAUUUUGAAUGCAAAACACAAAAUACCAAAAAUAAAAGUUUCAUCUCCAUUUUUAAUAACUAUUAUGCUAUUAUUUUAUAAAUGUGUAAUAAAGAGGUCCCUCUUUAUUGAUUUUUCUCUAUUCCUUGUUCUUUGAGUUACAUAAAAAUUUCUGGAUGUUGGGUUUUGUUUUUCUCCCCCCAGUUUAUAAAACUAGCCCUCGGACUGUUUUU